AUGCAAUGUAGUAUCGAUGGAGUCCUGCUGCGCUCCUCAGACCCUCUACCAAGAGCCCAUAAAGCCCUUUCUUUCCUACAGACCGAACGUAUCCCCUUCAUCCUCCUCACCAAUGGCGGCGGCAAGCACGAGUCGGACAGAGUGGAAGAGCUCAGUCAAAAGCUAGACAUCGAACUGGAUACAUCCAUGUUUGUGCAAAGCCACACUCCAUUCGCCGACAUGAGGGAGCUACACGACAAGACCGUCCUUGUUGUAGGAGGCGACCACGACAAAUGCCAGCUUGUCGCUCAGAAAUACGGCUUCAAAGCUGUCGUAACACCUGGCGAUAUCGUCAACGCCUAUCCCGACAUCUGGCCAUUCACAAAGAUCUUUGCCGAGUACUACCAAAGGUUCGCAAAACCACUGCCAGCUCCCAUUGAAGCAGACCACCCGGACAAGUCUCUCAAGAUCGACGCAAUUUUUGUAUACAGCGAUCCUCGUGAUUGGGGCUUGGAUACGACAAUCAUCGCAGAUUUACUAUUGUCAAGAGAGGGAAUCAUGGGAACAUUGUCGAGCAAGAAUGGAGACAAGACACUUCCGAACAAUGGCUAUCAACAAGACGGCCAACCCAAACUAUACUUCUCCAACCCUGACUUGUGGUGGGCUGCAAAAUACCACUUGCCGCGAUUGGGUCAGGGAGGCUUCAGAGAAGCUUUCGAGGGUGUCUGGGCUGCCAUUACUGGAGGACAGAAUGCUGGCGUCAAGUUGCAAAAGAAGGUUAUAGGCAAGCCUUACCAUGAGACGUAUGAGUUUGCAGAGAAGAGGCUGCGCGCACACAGAAAUGAUCUGUACACUGGCGAGUCGAUAGAGCCUUUGCGCAAGGUCUACAUGGUCGGUGACAAUCCCGAAUCUGACAUUGCUGGAGGUAACAACUACAAGAGUACCUUCGGCAGCAAGUGGUCGUCCAUCUUACUCCGUACUGGCGUAUACUCUGGAGGCGAGCCUGCCCAUAAGCCUACGGUCAUUGUCGAUGAUGUCUACGAUGCUGUGCAGUGGGCCAUUGAAGACGCCAAGAAGAACUAG